AUGCAAAGUCUCACUCUUUUCCUCAUUUUUCAUGCCAUUCUGCUCGGCGGAGUUUUUAAUUACGAUUGCUAUAAAUUCUCGAAGACCGAGUUCGCCACAAUCAAAUCGUGCAAAUUCGGAUGCGAAUACGAGUACAAAAUAAAAGGUGCGUUUUCUCGGCGUCUAUCCUCUUCUGAAUGCUUUCCAAAUUAGACGCGAACGGAGUGGUCUGUCCCUGUUAGCACACUCUCGUCCCACUCUCCCUCUCUCUCUCGCCUUCCGUCUCGUUCCUUCGACGCUGCAGUCAUCUAGGCACACUAGUCAGCGCCGUCUGGACGGUGAGAUGGCCGAGUGGUCUAAGGCGCUGGUUUUAGGCACCAGUCCCUCCGGGGGCGUGGGUUCGAAUCCCACUCUCAUCAAUUGUUUUGAAUUUUUGCAGGGGGUCACAACCUGAAAGAGUUCGGAGGAUGCUCUGAUGAACACUCGACACCUGGAUGCCGGCAAAAGAGCUCGAAAAUCGUGUGCAUGUGCGCUGAAAACCACUGCAACAAGCAAGGAUACGACAUGGAUACAUCAAGCGAAGAACAUUGA